CUCUCCUCAGCCAAGUUGUGUAUACUUUCCUCCCAAAUCAAAUGAACCAUCGCCAUUCAAACUCAAGUGUCUCCGCCGGCCAUCCGAUAAGGUAUCGCAGCCAGAACUUCUAUUCGUCGCCGGUGCUGCUAUCGGCCAUCAUUGCGGCCGGUCUUAACUCAAGAGGCUCACUCGGCAGCGGGUGUUCUCAAACGCAGAAGGUUUCAAGGUAUCCAAAGCUUUGCUUUUUGUAGCUAAGGUUCACUCUGGAGAUUCUCGGAUAACCUCGCACUCAGUGUAUAGGAGCUCUCCUCUCGAGUCGCAACUAGGGAGUAAUAUUUUUGUUUUUAUCUUGGCAAAUCUCCAAUCAAAGAUGAGCUUUAGCCUCCAUUGUCCACACACGUAAUUCAAAUAUCAAAAUGGUACAUCCAAUUUGCUUCUCUUCCCAAUUACACAUCCCCUCACCAUCUCCCUCUUUCAUCCCACCACCAUCUUCAAAACUCCACAAUCCAACCUUGAGCAUCCCAAUUAAACCGAAACGCUUCUCUCUCCACUUCUCAAAACCUAAUAGUUCCCUUUCCCCAUCAAAAAGGUUUUAUCCUAGAGCGGCCAAUCAGAACACAGAAUCCAACAGGAGAGCCCCAGAAAACCAAUCUCAACCGACAAAAUCAGAUGCUGAGGUUGUUGCUGAUGGAGGUGGUAAAGACGACAAGGACGUAUCACGUUUGGCUUCAAAAAUAAGGGAAGCUAUAGAGACGAAGGAGCCAGAUUUUUGGAGCGGAGUGGUGGAGGAGAUAAGGGAGAUCGAGUGGCCUGCUUUCAACAAGGUUAUGGGUACUACUGGAGUGGUGUUGGGGGUUAUUGCUGGAUCCAGUAUCGUUUUGCUUACCGUCAAUGCCAUUUUGGCUGAGCUUUCUGAUAGGGCCUUCGCUGGGAUGGGAGUCCAAGAUUUCUUCAGCUGAGCAGAUGAAUGGAAGCUGCUUAUUUUUUUCUUGUUUUAGGCACAAAAUUGGGCUGCUCGUUUGUAAUUCUGUGUUAUAAAUUUGGCUAUUCGGUUUUCACUUUUUGAUUUUUAGUUCUUGAUGAAUCAUCAAAUUUUAUACAGACAUGGCUAUUUAGUAAAUAUUUUAAUUCUAGUUAUAUACUUUGUAUAUGACUAAAAUUAAAAUCAAUGUUCUAAAAGUCGCUAGGCGCUAGUCGGGCGUUAGCCCAACACCUAGCGUCUAGGCGGCUAGGCGGGUGCCUAGGCGGGGACUAGUCAAAAACAUAGAAAUUGCAUUUUUAUCUAUAUUUUUGCAUAAAUAUGAUAAGUAAUAUUGUAUUUUUGUGUGUAUA